AUGGAUGUAAAUGUCCCCAGUCCUCCAGAGUCCCAGUCCGACACAGAGGCUCCCAGGGCUGGCUUGAACCCGGGCUCGAUCCUAAAGAACAGGACCCUCCAGCGCGAAGCUUCCCGCACGGUGGGCGACAGGCUGCCCGCAAAGACGGACGCGGUGGUUAUCGACAUGGGCACAGGCACCUGUAAGGUGGGCUUCGCUGGGCAAAUCCGGCCCACCUACACCGUGGCCACCAUUGUGGGCUGCCAACCCCAGAAACAGGCCACCGCGGGACAGACGUGUCUGCAGACCUUCAUCGGCGAAGCUGCCCGCUCGCGCCUGGAGCUGACGCUGGUGCAGCCAAUUCGCAGCGGUAUCGUGGUGGACUGGGACGCCGCCGAGCUCAUCUGGCGCCAUAUGCUGGAGCACGACCUCGGAGUGGCCACGCAGGACCACCCUCUGCUGUUCUCUGACCCACCCUUCAGCCCAGCCACCAACCGGGAGAAGCUGGUGGAAGUGGCUUUCGAGUCGCUGCGCUCACCCGCCAUGUACGUGGCGUCGCAGUCGGUGCUGUCGGUCUACGCCCACGGGCGUGUGAGCGGGCUGGUGGUAGACACUGGCCACGGGGUCUCCUACACGGUGCCCGUCUUCCAGGGAUACAACCUGCCGCACGCCGCGGAGCGCCUGGACCUGGCCGGCAACCACCUGACUGCUUUCCUAGCGGAGAUGCUGGCGGGUUCGGGAUUGCUCCUCGGACAGCAGGACCUGGGCACGGUGGAGAGCAUCAAGCAUCGCUAUUGCUACGUGGCCUCUGACUUCCAGAAGGAGCAAGCCCGUCCGCAGCAGGAAUGCAGGCAGCUGCUGAAGCUGCCGGACGGGCGCACGAUCACGCUGGGCAAGGAGCUAUUCCAGUGUCCAGAGCUGCUGUUCAACCCUCCCGAGAUUCCAGGGCUGUCGCCCGUGGGCAUUCCCACCAUGGCCAAGCAGAGUCUCCGCAAGGUGCCCCUGGAGGGGCGGGCGGACGUGGCCCAGAACGUGCUGCUCUGCGGCGGCUCGUCUCUCUUCCCCGGGUACGAGGGCCGCUUCAGCACCGAGCUGCUGCGCUCUCUGGCCCCGGAGGCCCACGUGGUAGUGGCAGCCCAGCCCACCAGGAACUUCUCCGUGUGGAUCGGGGGCUCCAUCCUGGCCUCACUGCGAGCCUUCCAGUCCUGCUGGGUCCUGCGGGAGCAGUAUGAGGAACAGGGUCCCCACAUCGUAUACCGCAAAUGCUACUGACCAGGGCAGGGGUGGGGAAGGGGGUGGGGAGUAAAGCCUCUGCUAC